AAGGGAUUUUUAAUGUUGCUCACAAGACGUAGGUCGAUUGAAAAAUGUAUUUCGUUUCACAAUGCGUUGGUGUAACAGUACAAUAGAGGUAUAACUGUUUUAAAACAUACAAAAAAACACGAACGAUAGUAAACUGAAGUUGAUGAGUUUAGUUACCAAUAAUAUACUACCUAACUAACGAGCUAGCUAGCUAGCUACAGUGGCUAAUAUUAGCUACUGCCUUCACAAUCAGGCAUAGGUUGUCAGACCCGGGACAUUGUCCUACCCGCUAUGGCUAAAACAUGCGUUUUGUGUUGAAAUAGAUGCAGUAUCUAUGGCUUUAAACCGUAUGAUAUCAACUUGUCUGCUGAGAAGGGGAUUCUGUGUAAAACCAUUCUGGGCUCAUUGUAACGAAAACGCGUCAGUGGUUUUAUUGACUGAGGUUGUAUUCAUGACUGCGCUAUCAGACUCGGAGCCUGCUAAAAAAAGACUGCAGGUUGAAGUUGGCCUUCUUUCAUCAGCCAGCUCAAGAAUCCCUUCGCCCCAUUCGUUGGCUUUCAAAGCAAACUCCCAAAAACCAAGUCAGCUUGCAAUGGAGGGGCAGAAGCAUGACGCCGAGUCAAAAUCCCCAGGACAGACAAGCAAUCCCUGCAACCUUGACAAGUGGCUACAGAUCACUUCCAAUCAACCCACAGGACCAGCUGCCGAAGAACAACAACAUCCUCAAGAUCAGCAGGGGGACGUAGAGAUGCUGAGUCCAUCCGCCUCAGAGUCUGACUCCAGUCACAACAUCCCCCUCCAGUCUCUGGACACCGAGACCCAGGCCCUCAUCUGGGUUGGUGACCCCGAGGAAACCUCUGCUGUGUGUGCUAUGGACCUAAAGGAGAGCCAGGCCUCAAUAUCAGCCGACAGCCUACAGGGGGACAAGAUUGUCUCACAGGUCGCCACCGAACACGGGAUGGUCCUGGAAGCCACCACAGAUGCUCCAGGGAAAGAUGGUGAGAAGAUGGUGACAGGGUGCAGCAGACAGGAGGAGAUGGGAGGACCGUCCUCCUCAAAGGGGCCUGGCAAAGGAAAAAUAACCGACUUCUUCGUCAGAACGUCCGCAAGUGCCCAAGCUUGUCCAGAGAAACAGCUUCAAGACCGAGACGUGCCGUGUGAGAAACAACGUGGAGACAGUCCACCACCAUCCGAUGCCAGGUGGCUGGGAAGCCCCAUGAGCGAGCUGAAGAGAAUGCCUCAGUGUGGUGGACCUCUCCCCCCUCUGAAAGAUCUUCCUGACCAGCACACUGUCUUGAUCAGGACAGACCUCCUCCAAGCUGGGAAACUGCCGGUUCCCUAUCCCAGCAAGUUCAGAGACACCUGGGAUGAAGUCCAUGUGAAAAUGCCUUUUUCUGAGAGCAACCUGUUCCCUGUAGGAAAUCAGGAGGUGCAGGAAAGAUGGACGCUGAUCCAAAAGGCUUUGGCCCGACAAUUCUGCAACUCCCAGGAUGUGAAGAAUGCCAUAUUGAAAUACAAUGCCGCUCAUGCCAAGCGAUGGGAUUUUACAGCACUUCAUUUGUACUGCAACAAGGUUCUGGAGUCUGAUGCCAUGGAACAUCUGUUUCAGUCCCUGCUGCCAGACAUGGUGCAAUUAGCACUGAGGGCACCGGAGCUGUGUACCAAGCCAAUCCCUCUGCUGAAGGAAGGGAUGAACCAUUCCAUCACCAUGUCUCAGGAGCAGAUCGCCUCUCUGCUGGCCAACGCUUUUUUCUGUACCUUUCCCCGACGCAACUCCAGAAAGACUGAGUACUCCAACUACCCUGAUAUCAACCUCUGCAGGUUGUUUGAAGGGUCCUACCCGAAGAAGAUUGAAAAACUCAAAACCCUUCUGUGCUAUUUUAGAAGUGUCACUGCUCAAAAACCUACUGGACUGGUAACGUUCACAAGAAAAUGUUUGGACCAUCCUCCGAGUUGGAAAAACUCUCAGACUCUCCUCACGAAGCUCCACGUGACCUGUGAAGGAACGAUAGAAGACAGUGGACAUGGGAUGUUGCAGGUGGACUUUGCCAACCGGUUUGUGGGUGGAGGAGUCACAGGAUCAGGUCUGGUCCAGGAAGAGAUCCGCUUCCUAAUCAACCCUGAACUAAUAAUAUCCCGCCUCUUCACUGAAGCUCUGGAGCACAAUGAGGUUCUCAUCAUCACAGGCGCUGAGCAGUACAGCACGUACACUGGCUACGCAGAUAGCUACCUGUGGAAUGGGAAACAUCAGGACAAGACCCCGAGAGAUGCCUGGCAAAGAAGAUGCACAGAGAUUGUAGCAAUGGAUGCACUAAAGUUCAAGAACUUCCUGGAACAGUUUCAACCUGAGAAUAUAAACAGAGAACUGAAUAAGGCAUACUGUGGCUUCUCCCGUCCAGGGGUGAGAGGUCAGGACUUGUCUGCUGUUGCCACCGGAAACUGGGGUUGUGGGGUGUUCGGGGGAGAUGCCAGGCUGAAAGCUCUGCUCCAGAUGCUGGCAGCUGCUGAGGCAGGCAGAGACGUGGCCUACUUCACCUUUGGUGACCGUGCCCUGAUGACAGACAUCCACACCAUGCACUCCUUCCUCACAGAGAGAAACAUCAGCGUCGGGGCUGUGUAUGAUCUCCUGGGUCAGUACUACCUGUCAGAGUGUCAGGACUGUCUCACCCGUCGACCCAAGGUGAACCUUUACGCCUUCAUUUACGCUGGGGUUUCCUCAGCCUCCACUUAGACCGUGAGAAUCCCGGUCUGCACUUCCUGGAUGGUCCUGGACAGUGCCACCUGCAGAGGCCGGGCCAGGCAGCCGACACACCCUACAACUAAGGUCAGGUGGCCAAUGAGUCACCUUCCACGCUCACCAUGCCGGAAAUCUUCACUAACACCAAAACUCCUGUAAUGUUGUUUUUUCCUCGCUUUGACCUUUGACAAUAACAAUGAACAGCGGUGGGUGGCGGGUUAAUGUGUCAAAUUUAAUUUCCUCUAUUUUCUUUACAGUUAUGAAUAAAAAUGUGUGCAUUAAAAACAAACUUGUUAUUUUAGGGGACGUGAGACCAUGUAUAGGCUGUGCCGUGACCGCGAGGCAUUCCAGUGAAAUGUUGUCUUCUAAUUCUGCUGCUGGUAGCCAAUACACAAAUGGAUCGAGCAUGGAUGUUGUGUGAUUGUGAUUUUUAAUGGUGAAGCAAAGGUUGCCAUCCAUCUUGUGAGUGUCAUGUUUCCCUUUUUUACCACCUUCACAUAUCAAGGCUAAUUUAAUUGGUUAUCAGAAAUCCAGUAAAAAUAAAUAAUGAAUAGAGCAGGGCUUGGCAAGUGCUUGGAGCAAUCAAAAAAAGAAUUGUUUUUUUUUAAUCUAAAAGAAUGUUCCGGUUGCUUUUAGAAAAAAGUUAUCUUUGUCUUUGAUUCGUUGUAUUAUUUCCUGCAGAGGUUAGAAGGUCAACGUAUUAGAAAUAGAAUCUCUGAAGCACAUGUGGAAUUAACAUUUAUUUUCUUGGAAGUGUUCUAGAUUAUCACAGUUUUAGCUCUCCUAUUUUAUUAUUACUAUACUAUUCGUUGCCACCUGCGUGGAAUCAUGUGCGUAAUUGUCCUUAAUGACUCCCUGUUCAAUCUUUUUAUGAGAUGUUUAACUAGGAGAAGUGGGUUUGUGUCCCAGACUAUGAAAAGGUUAUUUUAGUCUGAUAAUGCUGUAUACCUCAACAACCUUGAGUCAUUGAAUGGAGGGAAAUUUGUUUUGGAAUGUUUUCUUUGAUUGAAUAUUGAUUUUUGUAAUUAAUAAAUGCGUUACUAGUUGUAUACAAAUAUUGUUUUUCCAGAUUGUAAUAUGAUUUUAGGGGUCAAUUAAGCAACCAAGCUUGAGGCCUGUGGUAUAUGGCCAAUUUACCAUGGCUAAGAGCUGUUGCCUGGAAAAAAACACUGGUAUAUUGGCAAUUCACCAUAAACAUCAGACAACAUCAACAGAAUUAUAACAUUAAACAAUUUUUUGGAGGUUAAAAAUACAUCUCAUCUACCAUGGGUUUCAGCUGAUCAAUAAGACACUCAGAGGUUUGGUAUAUGGCCAAUAUACCAUGGCUAAAAUCUGUUCGACACCACCCGGAGUGCCUGCAAAGCACUUACUGCUAUUACAGUAUGAAAUGUUUAGCAAUGCAACUACUAAGUAAAAAUUAAAGCUGCAAGCAGCACUGAGCGUGUUUCAGCAUUCA